GAUCCGUCUCUCUCUCUCUCUCUCACUCCCGCACGCGUUCGCUCAGUCUGUUUUUGUUUUUGUUUUUUUGAACCCUCGAUUUUUCGUGAACGAUUGGACAUUUGAAUAUUUUUUUCGUGUGUUGGUGUGUUUGAGAAAUUUGGUGCGAUUGGGGUUAUACGUCAACGAACGACGAGUUCAAAAAGCAAAAGAUGAUGAUUGGUGCGUGAACCGGUCAGCUUUGUUUCGAUUGGUCGUGCCGGCUGUGUGGGGAGAUAGAAGAACGUGAGAAACAAGAAAGAAAAAAAAAAAAAAAGAGAACGACGCGAUAUAUAUUUCUUGUUUGAAAUUUAUUGAGAAAAAAAAAUUACAGUCAAAGUUAAAGAAAGAAAAGGAGGGAGAGAAGAUUAAUUAAAGGUGCAACUGGAUGCCGAUGAGGAUGGACUCGUCCACUUCGGCGAUCAGUCUCGUCGCGGGGGACAAGACGCCGCGCGGAGCUAUGGCCCUCUCCGUCGAGUACUGCGUCGUCUGCGGUGACAGAGCCUCAGGGCGCCAUUACGGAGCAAUUAGCUGCGAGGGCUGUAAAGGUUUCUUUAAACGAUCUAUCCGCAAACAGCUGGGCUACACGUGUCGUGGCGGAAAAGACUGCGAAGUCACCAAACACCACCGCAAUCGGUGCCAGUACUGCCGUCUUCAAAAAUGCCUCUCGAUGGGCAUGCGCAGCGAUUCGGUACAAUCGGAACGGAAGCCAGCCGGCGACAAGAAAUCCGAGUCACCAUCGUCUCAAUUGUUGACGUCGGCAAACUUUCUCCUGCGCGGCGAUCUCUCAUCGGCGGCCAGUGCCGCCCUCUCAGCCUCCGGACAGAACGUUUCAUCGCCAGGUAUCCUAAAACCCUUUGGCUGGAACGCGGAUCUCAGCACGCUGGCCAGCGUGGUGACGUCGUUGGCCGGCAUGCGUUCAGAAGCCUUUGGCGGUGUCAGCAGUAACCCGAUGAACCAUCGAGGAGCGUCGCCAGCUGACAGACCUGAUCGUGCAACUUUGAAUGCGGAUCGACAUCAUCAUCACCAUCAUCACCACCACGAGCGUGGUGGAAGUGGAGGAGGAGGAGGGGGACAGAAUGUCAAAAUGGAGGAGGAGGACGAUUCGGAUGACGAAGAUUCUGCAUCGACCACCAACGAUGAAGCGGCCGUCGCUAAUGCACUUCACCUGGCGAAAGAAAACCUCAUCUCCAAAGCAUUUGACACCAUGGCCAAGAAUAUGAACGGCGGAGACACGUCGAGCACGGGCGCCGAUUACGAAGACGAUGGUCUCUAUGAGUUGGAAGGUCCCCUCCUGUCAGAUGGUAACGUGUCGUUCCAGCUGACGACGCCGUCACCUAUGCCCGUCUUCCUCAAUGCUCACUACAUCUGCGAGAGUGCCUCGCGGCUCCUAUUCCUUUCGGUACACUGGGCCCGAUCUAUCGGCGCCUUCCAGCUGCUCUCGUCCGACACUCAAAUCGAACUCGUCCGAGGUUGCUGGUCCGAACUCUUUGCCCUCGGCAUGGCGCAGUGCUCUCACAUCAUGUCCCUACCGGCCAUUCUGACGGCCAUCAUCACCCACCUGCAAGCAUCCGUCGCUCAGGACAAAGUCUCGGCGCAGCGAGUCAAAUUGGUGACGGAGCACGUUCUGCAGCUGCAAGAUUACGUCAACACCAUGUCCAAACUACAAGUUGACGAACAUGAAUAUGCUUACUUGAAAGCUAUCGCACUCUUUAGUCCAGAUCACGCGGGAUCGACUGGUCGCCAAGUUGAGCGUUUUCAAGACAAGGCCGUAAAAGAAUUACGGACGUAUGUAACGCAAACGUGGAAUGAAGAAGCUGAAGACAGGUUCCCUCGCUUGCUUUUACGACUUCCGCCACUACGUUCUCUCCAACCUGGUUUGAUGGAAGAACUCUUCUUCGCUGCGUUGAUCGGCACCGUCCACAUUGACUCGGUCAUUCCCUACAUCCUCCGCAUGGAUUCAACCGAGUACAACGGGCAAUUUGGUGGAGCUAUGGCCAGCCCUAGCCCCCGAGGCCAACAGUCGUCUUCCUCUCCUUUGCCGGGGAACCACCGGACGCAUUCGCGUUCUCCAGCCGGCCACUAAAAUUUUUGGGAUGUCCGUCUCCACACACAUCCCUUUUAUUUUUCAUUAUUAAUUAUUCACUAUAGAUAUAAAUCAAUUUUUUUUUUUCUCGGGGUAGGGAUUUUUUUUUUCUUAACUUUCGGGUUCCUCCUACCCCCGACAAUCGCCUCAUGUUUUUUUGUCUUCUGUAUAUCCGAGGGUUUUCAUGAGUGUGCAUAUAUCCACAUAUAUAUAUAUAUAUAUUGAUUUGAUAAUGUGUGUGCGUGUGUGUGUUGUUUUUUUUCUUUUUCGAAUGAUCCAGCCGAGUGAGUUGUUUUUAAAAACACUUUUUUAAAAAUGAAAAAUGUGUCUGAGGCUUCAUCUUUCAUCCUUCUCUACCAUCAUCACUUCACAAGCCUCUUUCACCCUUUUUGAAUAUAUGAAAAUUGUACCACCAUGAUUCUUAAAAUUUUUCUUCGUGGAGAUUGUCAAGGUUUGCAAAGUGCCUCCCCAUUUUUUUUUUUUUUCCUAUCUCCCCGACAUUCUUAUAUUUUGUCUUUAAUUAUUAUUACAAUAUGUUGUGUUGAUAUCUAGUACCCGAGGACAAAUCCUAAACUCCUGGAGGAAAAAAAAAAUAGGACUAAUGUCGUGUGCAUAACUUCUCUUUAUAAUUAUAUUUGACUUCUUGACGUGGUUGUGUUCCCUCCCUUUUCUCUCUCUCUGUCCACCCAUCUUUUUUCUAAAAAAAAAAAAACUACAAGACUUUGGCGUCCCGAGUUAUAUGCUCGAUCGGAAACAAUUUAUAAAUAAGCCUAAAAAAAACAAAACAAAAUAAAAUUUUUUUUUGUGAAAA